UCCACUUUCAAAAAAACAACCUCCUCAAAAAAUGAUCAUCUACCAGGACAUCAUCACCGGCGACGAGCUCGUCUCGGACGCUUACGACCCCAAGGAGAUCGACGACGUUGCCUACGAGGUUGACUGCGAGCUCAUCAUCGUCAAGGAGGGCGAUGUUGACAUCGGAGGCAACCCCUCGGCUGAGGAGGCUGAGGAGGCUCUUGAGAACGGUGCCACCCAGGUCAACAACGUUGUCCACUCGUUCCGUCUCCAGUCGACCGUCUUCGACAAGAAGUCGUACCUCACCUACCUUAAGGGCUACAUGAAGGCCGUCAAGGCCGAGCUCGAGAAGUCCAACCCCGAGCGUGUCCCCAUCUUCGAGAAGAACGCCCAGGCCUUCGCCAAGAAGAUCAUCGGCAACUUCAAGGACUACGAGUUCUACGUCGGCGAGUCGAUGAACCCCGACGGCCAGGUCGCUCUCCUCAACUACCGUGAGGACGGCACCACCCCCUACUUCACCUUCUGGAAGGACGGCCUCAAGAAGCAGAAGAUCUAAGCAUCUUUGCUCUCAGCUACUUCUAAAGAGUUGGUUGUAGCAACGGAGAUUUCGAUGGAGAUGAACUGUCGACCCGUUGUGGUUGUCUGAGGCAAUUUGUGCAAGUGCCACUUUUCUGGGCGCUCUUUGACGUGCGGUGCAUACGGAUUCACGGCGUGCAAGACUAGGGAGGCAGACUAAGGAGGUGCGAGGAGAGCUAGUGCGGAGUGAGCGAGAUGGAGAGCAGCGUUCAUGUCGUCACCAA